AUCCCAACCGUCCACUAAAAUUAGGGUUGGAUGUGUAGAUAAUAUAAAAUCCUACUCACGCCUCUGUUAGUCCCUUUGUGCCCCCGCCGAAGUUAUCGUCCCUCCCGAGCAGCUUAGAGAGAAACAGCGAGGUUUUGACGCCACCGUGGUCUAUUUUAGGUUGUCAAAAUGUUUACCUCAAGAAAGAAGAUCGCCAAAGAUGCUGGUCUUGAACCAACUGAAUUUGAAGAAACUGUUGCCCAGGCGUUCUUUGAUUUGGAAAAUACGAAUCAAGAGCUUAAAAGUGACUUGAAGGACCUUUACAUCAAUGCUGCUGCUCAAAUUGAUGUGUCCGGGAACCGCAAAGCUGUGGUGAUACAUGUUCCUUACAGAUUGAGGAAAGCUUUCCGCAAGAUCCAUUUAAGGCUUGUAAGAGAACUUGAGAAGAAAUUCAGUGGAAAGGAUGUUGUAGUGAUUGCUACCCGAAGGAUGUUAAGGCCACCAAAGAAAGGUUCUGCUGCUCAGAGGCCUCGUUCCAGGACACUAACUGCUGUUCAUGAUGCUAUGCUUGAGGAUGUUGUCCAUCCUGCUGAGAUUGUUGGAAAGCGUAUCAGAUAUAGAGUUGAUGGCUCAAAAAUAAUCAAGAUUUACUUGGACCCAAAGGCACGCAAUGAUACAGAGUACAAACUGGAGACAUUUGCUGGAGUUUACAGGAAGCUAUCUGGAAAAGAUGUCGUGUUUGAGUACCCAGUUGCAGAAGUUUAAGAUUUGAGUUUAAGUUGUUGAAGAUAUUGUUACUGUCUACUUAUAAUUUUGAUGAAGAGAUUUGACAUUUAAAAUUUAUAAUAUGAAGAAAUGUUCUUUUA